CGCCCGUCUUCCUUGCCUCAACGUCGCCACCAAAUCCAACCGCCUGGACGCCACCGCCCCGCCCCACCUUGGCGCCGCCGCUCCAUCCAACUGCCUGGACGCCACCGCCCUGCCCCACCUUGGCGCCACUGCUCCAUCCAACUGCCUCGACGGGUGUCUGCUCCUCACUACCUGGCCGUGUUCAAGAUGCCCCCUGGAAGGAUGGAUGGGGCAAGGACACGCAAAGACCUUGGUGAGGUGCCAAUUACUGAGUAUGAAAAGGAGAGGGCUUUAAAUGUGAUGAGGAACAACAAAAUGUUGAGUAGUCUUGGUAUAACUGGAUUAACAUCACUUAUUCGAUCAAGUAGUACAAGGAAGAACUCUAUCGCUCGUGAAGACUUUGAUCCAUUGUAUGAACCUGAUCAUAGUGAGGACAAUGAUCAUCAUGUGGCUGAUCAGGAUGAACCUUUCUGCAUUGAAAGAAGGACCACCAACAUGUCUACUGGUUUUGGAGGAACAAAAGGAUCCAAGAGAGUGGUAGCACCUAAUGUAGAAGACCAAGUUGGUAGAGUAACUAGGCAGAAGACAAAGGAACUAUCCUUAGUUGAGAAAGAUAUACAUGGUUCGACUGCAAAUACAGAUGAGCACACAUUGAUUUCUGCCAAUUUUUCUGCACACCAUGAUGACGAGAUUCAGAUGUGUGAUGAAGGUCAAAUAGAUGUCAUGACAGAUAAAUGGAUAAGGGGAAAAAGUAUGGGCAAACAAUUGGAAAGGAUAAGUCGAGGCUUAAACACUAAGAUCCCAUUGGUCAUCACUGAAGGGAAUAGACGUCCUGAGGUUCCUAUGCAAGCUGCAAUGCUUGCAUCAGAAGGAGGAAUUGUAAUUAGGCAACAUAUGCCGAUCCUAACACACUGGAAGGAGUACAAGAAUGACAAAUCCUAUUUGGAAGACUUCGUCGGUAGAAUUGGUGGUCAAUUUGCCAUAGACACCAAAAACAAAGAUGUCAAAUAUGCAUGUGCUGAUUUGAUGAGGUGUAAUCAGCGACAAAUGAGAUAUAAGCUCAAGAAGGCUUACUUUAAUGGUGUGGCAGCUGACAAAGUGAGAACAACAUCACCGUUGAGUACUAUGACAGAUGAGCAAUGGAUGCAACUCGUCAAUAUGUGGUCUACCCCAAAGCACAAGGAUAAAUGUGUGAACAACAAAGUGAUUCGUGGAAAAGUUCGGUUCCAGCAAAAGACAGGAUCUCGGAGUUACAUUGCACAUAUGCAUGUCGUGAAGCAAGCCAAAUAUGGAGAUGCACCACCAAGUGCGAUUGAUCUUUUUAAAGAGUGCCAUUGUAGUAGGAAGACUGGUUUUGCUGAGCCUGUAAAGGAAGCAAUUGACACAAUGGAAGCACUUGUGGCUGAGCCUGGAGUAGAAGGGAAAGAAUCUAAGACCCCUACAGAAGCAGUUGCUCAAGUGUUGUCUUCAUCAAAAUUUCUUUAUAAUAUCGGUCUUGUACCCACCACAAAGAAAAGCUGCAAUGGUGGUGAUCCUACAUGUGUGGCAGAACUUGAGGCUGAACUUGAAUCAGAGAAGCAAAACUCAUUAGAAGUUAGAGCUCAGUUAGAUGCCCUAAAGAAGAAGGUAGAAGAAUCAGAAGAAGCAAGGGCUAAGGAGUUAGAAAAGAUCAAUGAUCUGCAAAAAGGAGCAGAUGAGACCAAUGCUCUCCUUCGUCGUCUCUUUAGCCUCAAUAAGUAGUUGGUCGAUUGUGCCCUGAUUUUGCUGUCCUAUUUGUACUCUGCUUUGCACUCUACUUGAUGCUGGUGAUAAAACAUGAUGAUAGUUUUAAUUUUGAUAUGUC